AGGGGGGGCACAAGGACAGCUCAGCUUGGCGGCUCUGCUUCUCAGUCUUCGCCAACCAGCUCUGAAAUUUGGUCGGGUCUUGUCUCCUUCCAACCACUCUGCUUUUCCUCUCACACACCGGCAAUAUUUCCUUUUUCCAAUGGGCUCCUUGGUUGCCAAGCUCCUCCUGCCAACUCUCAGCAGUCUUGCCUUCCUCCCAACCAUCAGCAUCGCUGCCAAGAGGCAAUUCCACAUGGAGGCCAUGGUCUACUUCUUCACCAUGUUCUUCAUGUCGAUUUACCACGCCUGUGACGGCCCGGGUUUAUCCAUCCUCUGUUUCAUGCAGUACGAUAUCUUAGAAUACUUCAGCAUCUUUGGGACAGCUUUAUCCAUGUGGGUGUCCCUGAUGGCGCUGGCAGAGUUUGAUGAACCAAAACGAUCCACCUUUGUGAUGUUUGGAGUGCUCACCAUAGCUGUCAGGAUCUACCACGAUCGAUGGGGAUACGGCGUCUACUCCGGGCCCAUCGGGACAGCUGUUCUCAUGAUCACCGUAAAAUGGCUGCAAAAGAUGAAAGAGAAAAAAGGACUCUAUCCAGACAAAAGCGUCUACACCCAGCAGAUUGGUCCUGGCUUCUGCUUCGGGGCCCUCGCCUUGAUGCUGAGGUUCUUUUUCGAGGAUUGGGACUACACCUACGUCCACAGCUUCUACCACUGUGCAUUGGCCAUGUCCUUUGUCCUCCUGCUCCCCAAGGUGAACAAGAAAGCCGGCAACGGUGGAGCACCGGCUAAACUGGACUGUUCGACCCUCUGCUGCUGUGUUUGAGGACAGGAGAGGGGAGCCUGUGUGUCUGCCAACGGAACGGGAGAGGCGUCUGCGCCAGUGCCUGUCAACACUCCCCGCUGCAGGCUUGAUGCAGCCCCACGCGGCUUGUGGCUGGCCCAGCUGAAUGCAGCUCUUUGCAGCCAGCCACGUCCGGUGGUCCAAAGGGGCAAAGUUUUUUUUUAACCUGUCUGUUGGUAGUGCAAAAGAGAAAGGCCCCGUCUGCAGCAUACCACUUCAAGCAGUCGUGGCUUCUCCUAAAGAAUGACCAGUGCCUCAAAACCUGGAGAGCCGCUACCAGUCAGUGUUGACAAUACUGAACUAGAUGGACCAAUGCUCUGAUUUGAUACAAUGUUCCUAUUUAAUUUAUCCCUUUAUUCAGAACAUUGAGAACCAGAAUCAUGCUAUAUUCUUAUACAGCUCAAUGGUAGAGCAUCUGCUUUGCAUGCAGAAGGUCCCAGGUUCGAUCCCCAAUGGCAUCGCCAGGUAGGGCUGGGAAUGUCUCCUGAAUGAAGCCCUGGAGAGCCACUUCCAGCUAGUGCAGUCAAUAGUGAACUAGAUUGACCAAUGGUCUCACUCAGUAUAGGGCAGGUGCUUAUUUAGUAUAGGACAGGUGCUUAUCUGUUUAGAAUCAUGAGGACCGGAAUCUUACUUUAUUUUGGAAGAAGGGCCAUAGCUCAGUGGCAGAACACCUGCUUUGUAUGCAUACGUCCCAGGUUCAAUCAACGAAUCCUGGGAGACAUCAUUUGUUCAGGGUGCUGAGAGGUGUUAGGAGACCCCAAGUUCCUCUCCCAGAGCUACAAUUCCUAGAGUUCCCUUAGAAAAGGGCUGCCAUGAUGGCUAGGUUGGGUUGGACUUGAUGGCCUCCUAGGCCCCUUCCAACUCUACUAUUCUAUUAUUCUAUGGCUGUGUUCUGUCUCCAUAGUCAGAGGCAGUAUGCUUCUGAAUGCCAGUUGCUGGAAACCGCAGGAGGGGAGAGUUGCUGUUGCGCUCAGGUCCCGCUUGCGGCCUUCCCAAAACAGGCAUCUAGUUGGCCACUGUUAGAACAGGAGGCUGGACUGGACGGGCUCUCUUUGGCCUGAUCCAGCAGGCUCUUCUCAUGACUGUUAAACCGCAUUAGGAGUUAUAGCUCUGUGAGGGAGAACUCUCAGCACCCUGAACAAACUACAGUUCCCAGGAUUUGUCAGGGGAAGCCAUGGCUGUUUAAAGUGGUAUGAUGCUGCUGCUUAAUAGUGUAGAUGGGGCCAGAGAGGGAGCGUGUGAGAGAGACGACUUUGGAUUUUUGCUUCUUCCCUCCUCUAUUUAUGCCUCCUUGCCCCAAAUAAAUGUGCUGAUUUGAUGCAUACAUUUUUGCUGUGAACGUCUUCGGUGCAUGCGGUUCGAUGCACAUCCUGGUUCCCGGAGUCCCGCAGUCAUUGGUGACAUCACCAUUCAGGUGUUUAUACAGCAAAGGGAAGCACAGAGAGAGUUCUGCUGACUAAAUAAGGCAAAGCUAACGCAAGAUAAGAGAGCUGUCGAGGAAAGGACAGAUUUCGGAAUGAAGGGCAGGGUGGAAAUGUUGAUGGGGAAAAAGGCCUUUAUUAUUAUUUUUAAAUGGCCAGGACCUGGAAGCUGCCUUAUUCUGAGUGAGACCAUCACUGCAUCUAGUUCAGUAUUGACAACACUGACUGGCAGCAGCUCUCCAAGGUUUUAAGUUAGGAGUUUUCCUGCCCUAACUAGA